AUGGCUCGGGCUCCAUAUGCACUUGAAUCGGACAAUCGGUGGCUGGGUGGGUGGGCUCCAGAAACGCUGCUAGGUGGACUGAAGGCGGUGAGGUCGUGGGUGGGCUCCAGAAACGCUGCUGGGUGGACUGGAGGGGGCGAGGCCGGACAUGGCGAGGUCGGAGGUGGCUCCAGAAACGCUGCUGGGUGGACUGGAGGCGGCGAGGUCGGAGGUGGCGUGGUCAGAGGUGGCUCCAGAAACGCUGCUGAGUGGAGACUGGGUCGUGCACCGGCGGUGGGGGUUCUCCUCUGUUCGGCGGUGGGAUUUGGAGGAACUGAGGAAGGCUUCGAUCUGGGAUUUGGAGAGGGAUUUGGAGAGGGAAGCUGUCGCGCAUAG